AUGAAGUGGUCCAAUAUUACCUUGCUCCUACUCGCAUAUGUCAGCUUAGGCCUCGGGGUGGGAGCAGUCCAAAUCCCACUGUUGAAAUUGAAACAGAACGACCAAACAACCUUAUCGUCUGAUGUCACCGUCAACCAUCUGGCUGAGGACACCGAUGCUGGUAUCAUAGAGAGGGUCGAAGAUAAGGAAAUCAAGUGGGAAUGCGAUAUUAGAUCAUGGGUCCGAGCACCUGAUCUUAGACCUUCAUCUGUUAUCCCUGCUGAAACUAGAUUAUCAGCCAACGGGUCUGAUUGUAAAGACAUUGAGAAAUGGGAAGUAGGACUGAGGUUCAAGGAAAGAGCGAUUGUGAAGUUAAAGUCAAAAUCACUCGAUACCAAUGACUUCCCCAAAAAACCUACAUUCCCCAAACUCAAUGAUACCGCAUACCCUAAAUACGAUUUUAAUGAUAUUUACUUUGUAGGUGGGAAUAUGGGUAGAGAUCCGUGGGAUGAGUACAAUCUCCAGAUGAAAGAGUAUAACCUUGCAAUUAAGAAUGAAUCUCUAUGGGAUGUUCAUGGGUCCGAACGUGUCGUAUUUGAUAUUACGCAACAGUUACCUUAUACCCCCAAAGAUGCAACCAAAGUUAAUGAGAUACACGCUUUUGUGGUACAAGUCCCAAAUACCAAUUUCCCACCUGUUGAGAAGCACGGUCGUGGAUUCAUGUCAGGCGGUAACGGAGAUCAUCUUCUCAAUACAGAGACUUUGAUGGAAUAUUAUCACCUCAUUCACCUGUCGAAUGGUACCACCCUGGAUAUCCCAGCAGGUAGAACAGGUUUUAUCCCUCACAUCAAGUCAAGCCCCAAGAAACAUGGUGAUGAUCACUGGUCAACCGAUAUCGAUCUUGACACUAAUAGGAUCCAGACCGGGGAAGAACAAGAUGAUUUGGACCGAAAGUUUGGACGAGGCAGAUACGGUCCGAACGCACCGGAUUGCGAUAAAGGCAAUAUGGCCAAUUUUCACCUUCAAGUCGGAUCGAAUAUCACAGAAAUCAUCCAAGGUCGAAAUAUCACUUUGAAGUUUACACUCACCAGGACGGGCAAUGGAAGUGAAUACCCUGCAUAUCUUCAAGUCGGAGCCGGUACCCAAAGGAAUGUGACCUGGGCAUACAACUUUAUCGAUUCGAAUGACGAGUACGACGCGUUAUUAGGAUCUAAUGGGAUGAAGAAUAGACGGAGAUUUGGUCCACCACUCAACAUGCUUCAACUUCCCAGUAAAAGAGAAUUGGAAAAUAUGAGAGAUAGUAAAUUGCACAGGUCCAUGUCUUACAGUCUUUCCGAUAGUCGAUUCCCACUGGGUUAUGGUCAAUCGAGAUAUGAUAUCGAGAUGAAUGAUGAAGUUGGUAAAGAUGUAUAUCAGUUCCAGUUGGAGGUAACUAUCCCAGACGACCAUUUUCCUUCUUUCGAUAGUACUUUCGAAUCUUAUCGCUCGAUGCUCGAAUUCAGAUUGACGACUAUAUUCCUAUGCGAGCCUUUGGAUCCAUAUACCGCCAAACCCGAGGAUAAUAAAACUGAAGAUGAUGAAUGGACUGAAUAUGACUUACCCUCAAAAGAAUAUAAGAAGAAACUUCGAGUUGGUACUCAUCUUACUCAUACCGGAUCCAUUCCAAUCAAUCUCACCUUGACAACGAGACAUACCAUCGUGAGUGAGGCUGCUCCCGCUCCUACGCAUUAUCUCGAUUCAGACGCUCUUGGACCUGUCAUACUCCUUCCGAGCCAACAACGCUCGCAAGAGCAUAGUAGAUUGGGUGUGACCCAAGAAGAAAGUAAAGAUCAACUUCGCAAGAACCGAUACUCUUCCGCGAGGCAUGAACGAUACAGACCUGGCAAUAUUGGUGGUGGAUUUUUACAUGCUGCCAGACUUUGGCAGAAGAAGGAGAGCAGGGAUGCUUAA